AUGACCGAAGGUUAUUCUUUUUCGGAGGAACAGGGACAUGGUGAAUGCAGGAUCGCUUCGGGAAGCUUACUGGAAGGAACCUUAUGUCAAAAUGCGGCAACGUCGGAGCUUUUCGACCUGGCUAAGAAGGUAUCUUCCACCCCUUCGUUCGAACCGCCGCUGGCAUCGUUCUCGAGUGACGCCUAUUCGAAUGCUGGAGCGGGAACUAUCAAUCCAGAAAUCGAUUUACCUGGCAGCUCUCAGCGGAUGCAGGGUAGCCCUUUCGUCACACCGAUUGGAAAUGCUCAUCCAAACAUCCAACAACAGGUUCCAACUCUGUUCGGCGAGGCUGAUAAGACUAGCGAGGCACGCAUUCGUGUCCUCGAGGAGCACGUCCUAGCCCUCCAAGCAGAAAACGUGGACCUCUACCGCCGGAUGAGCUUAAUGGAAAGCAUGUCGAGUCGAGCGGGAGCUUCCCCUGUCCAUGGGGACCGCAAUUCUGCCUCCGGGGAGACAGUGAGGAACCAUGUGGCUAACCAUAGUAAUCCCCCCAUCGAAAACGCCAUCUCCGGGGUCUACCGUCGCAUGGAUCGGCGCCACUCUGAUGUUAAUCCUCAGGUCGGCCAUCGUGAUCCUCCAUUUAAAUCCAAAUCCGAGAAACAAGGUACGAAACUUGAAUCCUCACCCAAAGGCCAUGUGCUGAUAUGUGAGAAAGAACAUAAGUAUCCUUUCAUCGUGAAUGGUGCUACCAAGCGCGAAGUGGACAUGGCUGACAGACUCGCUGGCAAGCUGAGAGAAGUUGUUAAACUCGAGAAGGAUGCAGCUUCCAGUCAUCUCCAAGACCAGAAGGAUGCGGGCAUGAAAGAUAUUUUUCCGCGCGAGGCAUCUUUUGAGCAAAAUACUCCUGAUUGUGGUGGCAAGAUGGUCCCCGUGGUCAAGGUACCGGUUUCGGAAGGGAGCAGAGAAAUUCCUGUUGUUGGUAAGAAACUUGAACCCUGCUACGAAAACUAUGAACUAACGGAUUUAUUGAAUGGGACAGGCGCGGCGACCCAAAUCGAAGACUCGGAGCGGAUCGGACGCGAAAUUAGAAAGGAGGUUGGGACACAGCUGGGAGGGAUAUUUAACCUGGAAGUUCGAAAUAUUGUCGAGGUUGAGCUGGCUGGAAGAUUCAAAAAUUUGGCCGCAGACAUUUCAAAUACUAGCAUUAGCUUCAUGGCUACUGGUGGCAAUUUCCCCGCCAGCUCAAACGAGAGCGAGAAAGCUGGCAAUGAUUUGGUCAGCCUGGCACUCCAGAGUAUGGUCACCAAUACCAUGUCGAAGCUCUUCGACAGCCAGGAAGAACGUCUAGAGGUGAUUAAGAAUCGUCUCAAUUACCAUGAAGAUCUGCUCGAGUAUGCCAAUGACUGCACCGAUUAUUCCGAGCAGGCAGAUGAUCCUGAUACAUCGCGAGACCAGUUCACCCGAAGUCGCAUCGAAUCUCCCAAAAGUGACGAAAUAUCUCUAGGUUCAAGUGUUCAACCUGGUGAGGAUAUCCCAUUUCAGACCCCCAUUUGCCAGAACAUCAUUCAAAGCUACGGUCCGUUUGGCGAGCCCAAGGCGGAUUUCAUUCAGCAUGCCAUUGAACAUGACUUCGAUUCAGUCAAGUGCGUGGACCAGAAGGAGACUUGUGAACCCGAUUCCAGUGCCCAUACCUUUGACUAUGACUUUGACCGAAUCACCAGUGGCGAGACCCAUGAACGGGCCGAGAUUUGGGGUCUGCACUGCACGGUCGAUUACUCGCCGUUGUUGAGCAUCACAUUGCCAACCUCGCAGCCAGCCUGUAUGGAUGCCUUGGAAGCCGUGAUCUACAGCUCCGGAUCUUGCCCCGUUCCUCUCGGGCCCUCUGCUACUUCUCCUGGAAUAUCGAAAACACUUCCAGCACCCCCCAUCAAUUCCCAAAUUUCAGGGCUGGAAACCGACGUCGGGUCGAUUGAAUCCCAACUCGAUGGAGGUCUAACGACCGGGCGACAGGGCGAUACUUUGAACAGUUAUGUUCUGGAGUCUCUCACAUCAGGCAACAAAGCUGGGGGUUUUCAUGGCCCUCAAGCGCAGCCUCUACUUACUGUUCCAAUCUCCCGCCAUAGUCCUAGGAAUUUGACUGGCACUGUCAUCGUGACAAACACGGCCAUAGAUGCCUCUUCGGGAGAAUUGGAAGAGCGUUCCUCGUCAUUGGUGAAGAAUCAAAUCCUUGACGCCAUGCAGGAAAAGCUACACUCAAUGGCAGCCAUGAGUUCCCAAAUCUCGGAGCUGGAGUCCCGCCGUGAAUCUCUUGAAAAGUAUGGGCAUCCUGCUGGAUCCGACUUUCAACCGGGCCAUGCUUCUACCUAUCAGAUUGACCCUACCACCUAUCUCGAAGCCGAUGAUCAAGAACUUCCUUCGCCCCUAGUAAAGGAAGGAAUUCACGAAGCGAUCCAGAAAGAACUGCACGAAGUGCGUGGCCAAAUCCAUCUUCUCAACUCCCGCAUCGACCUGCUCGAAUCCGGCCCUCAGUCUGACCCUGCCUCUACACGUGCCCAUUUUGAAGCCCCUACCGCCUCUGAGGAAGCAGCAAAGGAACUUCCAGCGCCAGUCACUGGUGAUCCAACUUCACGUCCAAAAUCUCCCGAUCCUGUGACAAAUGACAACAGUUGGGCCGACGAGAUCAAGGCUUUUCUCCAAGCCGAAGUCGAGAAAGCAGUGGGACUGGAAUUCCGUCAGAUGCACGCGAUGAUCAUGACGCAAAUCAAUUCUCGUAUCGAGCUGUUGAAAUCUGACCGUCAAUCCGGACCUGUACCUACCCGCGCCCGUCCUAAACUCCCUGCUUCUUACUCACGGAUUCCACCGACCCCCAUGAAUUUCCGGAUGGUAGCACCUCCAUCUCUCUCCGAGAAUCCGGAACUUCUCGAACGUCACUUUCAGCUAGAGCUUCAUGAACUUAUCAGCACUCAGGUGGCCUGUUUUGAGACUCGCAUGUCGUCGAGGAUGGAUCGUCUCGAAUAUCGCAUGUCUAGUAUCUCCUUGAGUCUCUCCAACCUCUGGCAGAAUGUAUGGAAUCUCGGCGCCAGCAUGGGCGGCUGGAAUACCUGGGCUUUGGGGAUGGGCAUGUGGAAUCCUGUGUGA